AUGUCAUUCGACGCACUCUCGCCCCGAGAGGCUAUUGAGUCCGUCGUGAGGGCUGGAGUACACAAAGGCAACAUGCGAUUAGACAAGGUAUUUUUAAGUUCUGUCUCUGCUGGUUGCUUGCUUUCAUUUGCCUGUGGUACUGCUUUAAGCACAAAUGCCUCCCCAUGGUACGCGGAGAACGCCGCUGGAUUGAUACGCACAAUCAGUGCAUUGGUUUUCCCCUAUGGAUUGUGCAUGAUCAUAUUGACUGGUGCUGAUCUUUGUACUGGGACAUUCAUGUAUACUACCGUUGCGGCCUUGCAACGACAGCUACCCUGGUGGAGGAUGUUGAUCCACUGGGUAGUCACAUUCCUAGGGAACUUGGCCGGAGCAUUGUUUAUGGUAGCUAUCAUCUUUGGCUAUGGUGGUGUUUUCGAAGCCGACCCAUUCAAAUCGACUGUCAUUACAUUUGCGACAAAAAAGCAGGUUACCCCUGACUUCCACAUGGUAUUUCUGCGUGGAAUUGGUUGUAAUUGGUUAGUUUGUCUGGCAUGCUUUUUGGGCAUGCAGGGACGUGAUCUCGCAUCCAAGAUAAUGGGCAUCUGGUGGCCUAUUUUUGCUUUCGUUUCUCUCGGCCUUGACCACGUUGUCGCCAACAUGACAUUCAUUCCCCUUGCGAUCUGGUUAGAUGCACCGGGAAUAUCCGUUGGCCUGUAUAUCUGGAAGGGCAUCAUUCCCGCUCUGAUUGGAAACAUUCUCGGCGGUGGUCUGUUUUGCGGAACAUUUUAUUGGUAUAUGUAUCUCCUGGAUAUGAAUACCGUUUCGUUUCCUGGUUUGAAGAAGAAUCGAGGUGAGACACAAGUUGGCACGCCACAGAGUUUCUCCAAAGAGGGGGAUAUUGAGGCAACUGCCGGCAUCUCAAGCUCGCGAGAAUAG